UUUGGGAAUAAGUACUUUUCUUUUAUUUCUAAUGUGGGAAAGUUUUUAAUAGAUCUUUGAUUCAACCCAAUUUUAUUCACUUUUGUUAAUUGCCAUUUGGUUGAAAUAGAUGCAGUAGACCCCCCCCCCAUAAUCCAUGUACCAUUAUACAUGUAGGCAUACUAUAGUAGUGGAAGUAAUGGAAAGGCAUUCCUGACGUAAGGAUUAUUUAGGGUUUUGAUUUCUGAGGAGUCAUGCCUGCAUUCCCAGCAUUGGUUUUGUAAUAGUCUGUCUUCGCAUGUCUGCUGCGCCUCUUGAAUGACAUACGUAGGUCAAAUGUACAAUUCAAACCAGAAGAAAGAAACUUUUAAAACAAUAUUUUGCAGAUAUCACUGGAUUUGCGUCAUCAUAAUUUUCAUAUCUUAUAAUCAGAUCAAAAUUCUAUUUUUGAGUUAUUGUAUUUGCUUUACCUAUAUCGGAUCACCUGUUUAGUUCACAGCAUUCACAAAUGAAGAUGGUAUGAUCCUUUAUUAGUUGGAUAAUAAGAGACUCGACAUCAUUAUUCUCAUCAUCACUUGACUGCUUGGAAGAAGGGCUGAUUGUACAAGAUGAAAUUCCUACUUUUACUAACCCUGGCCGUUGUCGCUAGUGCCUCUCUGGCACCUUUUUAUGACGCUGGCAGAAAUGGUGUUAAAGGACGAUACAUCGUCGUCCUCCAGGAUGGUGUAGACAUAGACAUGACUGUAAAGGGUUUAAUGGCACGUGUGGCUAGAUCUGGUAGCUUUGCUUCCAUCAAAAGAAAAAUACAACUCAUCAAUGCUUUCGUGUCUGUUGUACCCGAAGGAGGUCUGGACAUUUUGCGUUCUCUUCCUGGCGUUGCCUAUGUUGAAGAAGAUGAAAUCAUCACAGCUGAUGGCAAUAGGGCAACCAGCCUGUGGGGCCUUGAUCGCAUAGAUCAGAGAGACACUGCUGGGGAUGACAUUAUUAAUAUUAACGGUUAUAUUGCAUUUACAGGUACGGGAAGUGGUGCUCAUGUUUACGUAAUAGACUCCGGUAUCUACACAUCCCAUGAAGACUUUGGUGGCCGUGCUAUUACUGGAAGUGGUUAUGACUUUAUAGGCGGAAGCGGGGAAGAUUGCAACGGACAUGGAACUCACUGUGCUGGUACUGUUGCAGGUAGUGUUCACGGUGUUGCUCCAGGGGCAAAGGUUUACGGACUGCGUACUCUAAACUGUAAUGGUUCUGGCUAUAAGAGUGACAGCAUUGAAGCUUUGGGUUGGGUUGCGGCCAACGGAGAUAAACCUGGUGUAGUUUCUAUGUCUCUCGGUGGUUCUAAGUCUGAUGCACAAAAUACUGCUGUUAAGAAUUGUCGAGAUGCUGGCUAUAUUGUGGUUGUGUCUGCUGGCAAUGAUGACGACGAUGCUUGCUUGAAGUCACCUGCUUCUGCACCAGAAGCUAUCACCGUGGGUGCUACGGACAUAAAUGACCAGAGAUCAUACUUCUCCAACUACGGUACCUGUGUUGAUAUCUUUGCUCCUGGAUCCUCCAUAGAAAGUUGUGGUAUUUCUUACCCAACUCAAUCAACUAUUAAGAGUGGAACAAGUAUGUCUUGUCCUCAUGUGGCAGGUAUUGCUGCUGUUAUGGCUGCUAACAAAUACGUGUCGGAUUCACAAUAUACUAAAGAAGUCGUUGAAGAGAUUUAUGCAUCGAUCAUUAGCAACGGUACUAAAGACAAAAUAACUGAUUGUAAGGAUGGACCCAUUAAUAAAACACCAAACCUGCUUGCUUACUGCGAUUAAAGAAGCUCACAAUCUACUACCGCUUCCAAUGACUGAUGAAUAAAAUCAUUAUCAUGAUGAAUAGUAUUCAUUGAUAGGAUUACAUAUCGAUCUAUUUGAAGGGAAGUGUAUUAGAAUUGGUUGCAAUACUAAGCCUAAUGGCAACAUCGCAAAGAUCUCAAGGUACUUUAAAUAGAUAACAGAGUGCCCAUUUUCGAACAAAGAGAAAAAAGUUUCAUAAUGGACAAUAAGAUUUGACCCUAACCCAAAAUAAGGAGAAAUUAGUAAAAAAAAAAACAUCAAGUUGGUCGACUCUUGAAAUAACAGCAUGUUGUGCUCAUUUGUCUAUUUCCUAUGAUAAAAAGGAUAGUCUCAGUCUAAUCAAGUCCAAAACCAAGCUCAGUAGUUAUAAGUGAAGAAUAUACAUAAGUCUGUAAAAUUUGUUGAAUUGCAAUAAUUAUAUACAUUUCCACAUUUUAAAGAUUGGUGAGCAAUUAAUGUAAGGAGCAUAAUUCAAUAAAGUAAUUUCAAAAGCA